AGCCUUCUCGUUUCCAUCUUUUCCUCCUCUCUGUUCCAGUGAAUUCAUUCGUACAAACCUGAAACCUGAAACCAAGAUCGAGCGGAAGCACGGCACCAAGCAAUGGAGGCGCUGCUGGAGCUAGAGAAGGUGCAGAGAGUGCUCUCCCUCAUGGGCUCCCGCGGCCUCUCCGACUCCGACGGCAGCGGCGGCGGGGACCGCUUCCUCGCCCACUUCCUCCUCUUCCUGGCACAACCGUUUGAUUCACUUGCCAUUGAGAAGAAGGUCGUAUUAAUCUCUGAGCUUUUGAGAGAGGUUAAUUCUGAUACUCUCAAAGAAGUGCAACGUCUAGCCAGUCUGGAAGGUACUAAUAGGGAAGAUGAACCAACUAAGAAGUUCAAGACGGAUGCCGAGAAAUUAACCAUUCAGGAUGCGCCUAUGAUUGGAUUCGAUGCAAUGAUGAGAGCCAAUUCCACGCUUGAAGAUUUUUGCAGGUCAUACUUCAUAUUUCAUGGUUUGGAUGUUAACAGACCACACUCUGUUUUCAAGUUUCUUCCUUUCCUUUCUUUUACAGAGAGCUACAUAUACCAGUUAGAUGCUUCAAAUGAAGACAGUUUGCUAUUAGUUCCAGACAACAACUCUUCUUCAACAGUAUUGGAAAGGAAAAUACAAGGUUCUAGUCAGAUGUCCUUGUCUGACAUGCUUGACCCCCUUGAUAAUCUUCUUCAAUGCCAGGGGUUAAUGACAGAUCAGUUGGGAAAUUCUGCUCGAUGCCCUUGUAAACAUGUAAAAUAUUCUCCAUACCUGAUUGAAUUAGCCCUAUAUUUCCCAUGUUUUAGAUUGCGAAAUGAACUCAAAUCUGGCAUCCAGUAUUGGUCUCUAGAGAGGAAGCUUUGUCAAGCAUUAUCAAGAAAUGAUAAGAUAUCUAUCGAAGAUGUUAUGGAAGCAAUCCAUCUCAAAUCAUUUGACUAUCGAGUUCUUAAUCUGAUGAUGUAUCGGCUUACUGGUCAGCAGGUCAAUGACUUGCACAUGGAGUUCUUGUCUGUCUCGGAAUUUUUAGUUGAGAUAUGUGAUGACCUGUAUGAUUAUGAGGAUGAUGUGGUUAACAAUACUUUUAACAUCCUCCGCAUGUUUGCUGCGAUAUAUGGACCUUUAGAUGCACCAAAGAUGUUGGCCAAGUGCAUCGGUGAAGCUGAGGGAAAAUAUGAGAGCUUCUCAAAGAAAUUGGACCCUAGCAUCUCAAGAAGUUACUGGAGAAGAUGUGAGGAGGCUACAAAGGAAGGUGGAAAAAUAUCAGGCCAUGCGUAUGGCACAUGGAAUAUCCCUCCUUUGAUAGGAGAUGAAGAAUCAUUUCGCUUUGACAGAUUGAACAGAGGUGAUGCUUCUGCCAUGGCCAUCAGAUGACAGAUACCAUGCUCUGAGCAUCUUCAAAAGGAGGCUUAGUUACCAUUGCUAUUAAAUGCCUUGCCAUGUGUGCUUAAUUUCUAUCCACUCCUGCAAGUUCUCUCCCUUUUUUUUUGCACAUUCCACUCCUGCAAGUUCAAAUAGAGAAAUUAUCUGAGCAUCCUCUGUGUAAGGUGGCGGGGUGUGUUAACAUCUCAUGCAGUUCACUCAAGCAAAUUUCGCAAGAUUUUGCAUAAGCUCUUCUUAAUUUACUA